AUGCGGCUGCGGCUCGGGCAGGUGCUGCCGGCGCUGUGCCUCGGCGCCGCCUUGCCCCUGCUGUGGUACGCGGUGUGGCAGGGGAGCGGAGGAAAUGACUUAGGUGUGAACCAAGACCAGUUGCUGGAACUUCAGCAAAGACUAUUGAAUGUUGAAAAGGAAAACAGAAAAAGAUCACAAGAACUGAGCAGUGCCCUAAAUGAAAUUAAACAUAUAGCGGCAAGAAGAAUGAACAUGACAAAAAAUCACACAGGUGAUGUGAAUUGGAAAGAGGUAAAACUCCCCCUGCGUCUUACAAAUAUGUACUACUAUCUCCCUCACCUUCAAGAAAAUGAAGAUGCAAUUUUCCCAAAUGUUAUUUUUGGGCAACAGAGAACUGGAGUCUCCCUGGUGAUGGGUAUUCCUACAGUGAAAAGGGAAAAGAAAAAUUACCUGAUUGAUACAUUGCAUUCCCUACUGUACGAACUAUCUGAAGAGCAAAAGAAGGACUGCGUAAUAAUCAUCUUUAUAGCAGAGGUGGAUGCGUCAUAUGUUGAGAGUGUUGCAGAAAGUGUUAAAAACAGCUUCCCCAGAGAGGUCCAGUCUGGAGUCCUAGAGGUUAUUUCUCCUCCUGCUUCUUAUUACCCAGAUUUUUCCAACCUAAAGAAAGCCUUUGGAGAUUCUGAGGACCGAGUAAGGUGGAGAACCAAACAGAAUUUGGAUUAUAGCUUUUUAAUGCUGUAUGCUCAACCUAAGGGAACAUUUUAUUUACAGCUGGAAGAUGAUAUUAUAGCCAAACCUGGUUUUAUUGAAAGUAUAAAAAGCUUUGCUGCUCAACAGUCCCAAGACUGGAUGGUUCUCGAGUUCUCACAACUUGGAUUUAUUGGAAAAUUGUUUAAAUCAGAAGACUUACCACUCAUAGUGGAAUUUUUCCUCAUGUUCUAUAAGGAUAAGCCCAUAGACUGGCUUAUAGACCACCUGCUCUGGGUUAAAGUGUGCAAUCCAGAAAAGGACACAACACACUGUGAAACAGAAAAGUCAAAGAUACGUAUCCGUGCUAAGCCAUCUCUCUUUCAGCAUAUGGGGAUUUAUUCAUCAUUGGUUGGCAAGAUCCAGAAUUUAAAAGAUAAAGAUUUUGGAAAAAAUCACCUACAUAAAGCACAUAAUAAUCCACCUGCAAAUGUGGAUACAAGCCUAGGAAUAUACCAGCAAUAUACCUUGGAAAAAGUUUAUAAAGGACAAGACUUUUUUUGGGCUUUAUCUCCAGUGGCAGGUGACUACAUCAGGUUCACAUUUUUAAAACCGCUAAAAGUUGAAAAGUACUUGUUCAGAAGUGGAAACAUGGAGCACCCUGGUGAUAAACUGUUUAACACUACUGUGGAAGUGCUGCCAGCCGAUGAAACACUAAGAAAACAAUUGGUUGCUAAUGGAAGUAAAUUUAACUACCCAGCAACCAAAGAUGGAUAUUUAAAAAUAGGGGCUUUUGAAAAUGGCAUUGCAGAAGGCAGCAUCAAUCAGUCAAUAGGAAGAAUACAGGCUAUUCGUUUAUCAGUCAGUUCUGAUUCUCCAGUCUGGGCAAUACUGAGUGAGGUAUUUAUCAAGACAUCUGAAAACUGAAAAAAUUACAUUUUUGAUGUGUCACUUGUUAUGCACUGCUCGAAAACAAGACUGGCU